AUGUGUGUGACAGAACAAGAAUUCGAAGCAAAGUGGCAGGCAAUGUUGCAGAAAUAUGAGUUGACAGAACACUCUUGGUACAAAAGAGUGUAUGAGUUGAAAGACAAAUGGUGUCCUGCCCUUAGUAGAGAUUUCUUUUCAGCAGGGAUCUUAUCGUCACAAAGGAGUGAAAGCACUAAUCAUGCUAUAGGAUUCAGAGCAAGUAAAGCAACUACUUUGACAGAAUUUUAUACCAUAUUUAAGAAGACAACCAAUCGUUGGAGAAGCACAGAGAAAUAUGAUGAGUUUACCUGUAGCAAGUCAAUAGCAUUCACUUCAUUGCCUCUGUCUGGAAUGCUAAAGCAUGCUGCACAGGUUUUCACUUUAUCACUCUUUAGAGAUUUUGAAGAGGAGUUUGGAUACUCUAUGGCAACAACUGUUCAGAUGUUAGGCAGUAAUGAAGAAUGCCUACUUUAUCAAGUAACACUAGAAGACAAGCCAUGGUCUGCACAUCAAGUAAACUAUAUACAUGAGAGCCAGACUGUAUGGUGUACUUGCAAAAAUUUUGAAGCAUCUGGAUGGUUAUGUUAUCAUUGCAUCAGAAUUCUACAUUUGCAUUCAGUAACAAGAAUACCAGACACGUAUGUUUCAAAAAGAUGGACUAAGUUUGCAAAAACAGAGGCAUGGGAUAGGUUGAAGAAUCAGGAUCCUAAACAGCAAUAUAUUCCAUGGAGGCAAACAAGUAUGAGGAAAUACUACAGUCUAAUCUUAAAAAGUCAAGAAAAUGAAGAGACAAUAGCAUUUGUGGAAGAAAGCUUCAGAAACAGUCUUAAAAUGGUGGAAGACUUACUUGCUAGUGCUGCUCAGAAAGAAAGUGCAGAAGCUGCUUCUAACAUUCCUGAUGUGGCAGACAACACUCAAAGCAAUACUGACGUUUCUUCAGCAUCGAGUACAAGCACAAGUGUACCAAUAAUACUUGAUCCUAAAAGGGCUGUAACAAAAGGAAGAAGCAAGAGAGAAAAAGGAGGACUUGAAAAAAGCAAGAGAAAAAGAAAACCAGCACUGCCACCUCCAAAAUCAGAAUUUGGAUCAAAGACACCUAACUUACGACUCUUUUAA